ACGUCAAAGCAUGCGGAACUAAAAGUAAAUUGAAAUUGUGUGUAGAUGUCGGACUGAACAUUGUUUUGGGUUCGUCUGUCAAUGGCGUCUAAAAGGGACACGGAGACGAAGGAUGUCCGAGGAGGACAGAGCGUGGAAUUGGACGAAGCCCUCAAGGAGAUUGGCUUUGGCUGUGGCCAGGUGCUGGUGCUGAUCUUCUCCAGUUUCGCCAAUUUGCUCGCCGUAAACGAGACCUUUGGCAUGUCGAUCAUCGUUGUGGCGUCCUCGUGCGAUCUGUCCACAACUGCUGGCCAGAAGUCGCUGAUGAUGACCUCCAUGAUGGUGGGCAUGACUAUCUCUGGCUUCUACGUGGGCUACCUCAUCGACACCAAGGGCAGGGUGCGAAUCUUGCGCUGGAUGCUGCUAGUCACCAUAGUGUUGUCGGUGGUGUCGGCCCUCAUGCCGGAGGUGUACGGCCUAUCGGCGAUGAGAUUCCUGGUUGGAAUUUUCCUCUGCGGCCCGGCGACUUGCCUUCUGGGCUACAUGACGGAGUUCUCCUCGCCACAUGCACGUCCGCCCCUUGUCGUUGUGUUCAGCCUUGCCAUUGGCGUAUCGCUGAUCUACUGCCCGCUGGUGGCCAAGUUAUUUCUGCCCAAAAAGUACUGCGUGCUCACGGCCAGCUCCUAUUUGCUGCGCCCCUGGCGCUUUCUGAUGUUGCUGUACACGCUGCCCGGCGUCAUCGCCCUGCUGGGCCUGUGCUUCCUGCCGGAGAGUCCCUACUAUCUGAUGUCCGUGAAGCGCAAGGAGGAGGCCCAGGAGGUGCUCGCAUGGCUGUGUCGCCGCAAUCGCAAGAACAAGGACGAGCUGAACAUCGAGCUAAUCGACUUUCAGAGGCACACCAUUGUGGCCAAGGCCAACUACUUUAAGCUGGUGUGGGACGACAGCAUUCGUUUGGUGAAGCCGCCCUACUGUCGCGACUUUAUGGUCUGUACGCUCCUCUCGUUCGGCAUGUUCCUCAUAUCCCUUGGCCUGGGCAUGUGGUAUCCCCUGCUGCGGAGCCAGGACAACAGCCAACGGCGCCUGCUCUGUGAUGUGCUCAGCAAGCCCAAGAACUUUGAUCAGCCGAAGAACGUUUCGGCCUCCAACGAGAUGCCAGACUUCACCGAUCCCAUUUACUACGGCAUCGCCUACAUUCUGUUCUACUUCCUGGCCCUGCUGCUGCUGCUGUGCAUGUCGCGGAAGCACGUCUUCGUCUGCUACGUUAGCGUUGCGGCCAUUUGUGGCAUGGCGCUGAACUUCAUCAAGGAGCCGAUCGCCAUUCUGAUAUGCUUCAGCACGAUGAUGAUCCUGCCGGGUGUGAUGAUCACCCUGGUGUCCUCGGUGCUGGUGGACUGCAUGCCCACGCAGCUGCGUGCCAAGGCCCUCAGCCUGAACAAGGCGCUGUCGCGUCUGGGUGCCAUUCUCGGCUGUCUGCUGGUGGGCCUCAUGCUGCAGGUGUCCUGCGUGGCGACACUCAACAUCUUUGUGGCCUACCUCAUAUUUUGCAUCGUUCUGUGCUUCCUGCUGCCAAAGUGACAAAGUGACGCAGCCGACCAGGCUCUACGCUUCAGUUUUGUGUUAUUUUUGUGAUUUUUGAGUAUCGUGACUUUGAAUAAAUCCGAUCUGGUUCUAUGACUGA